AUGGAUGGCAAGGGCUUGGAUUUGUCAAACCUCAAACACAAGGUGGCUUCUAAAAUGAAGGAAAACAAGAAGUCAUCGAAAUCGAGCAAAAAGGACUCUGGAAAAGAUACCAAGAAAUCAGACACUAGCAAAUCUGUGCCUAAACAAGACUCGAAGGAGAAAAUCGCCGAAAAAGAAGCCAUUCGUCGCGAAGCUUUGGCGUUGGGCGCUUCCGAAAAGGAUCUAACUUUGAUCAGUGGGCUUUCAGAUGAUGACGAUUUGAGUGAACAGGAAUUCGAAAGCUCGAAACAGAGCAGUGAUAAAAAGUUUGAUGAUGAUUUCAAACAGUUUUUGAAGACCGCUGGUAUUGAUGCUGCUGUUCCUCCUCAGGAUGCUGAGGAAGAAGAGAGGGAAGAAGAAGAAGAAGAAGAAGAAGAAGAAGAAGAAGAAGAAGAAGAAGAAGAAGAAGAAGAAGAAGGGAGUGAUUCAGAAUCGAUACCGGAGCUUGUGAAAGACGCUGAGCCGCAAUUGAUAGAAGGACCUGAAUUGUCUGAUGACGAAAAAUCGUCAUCCGACGAGGAGGGUCCGUUUCUUAAUCAAGACUCAGACGCCGAAACCGCCGAGGAAAAAAAGGAAGACAAAGACCUGAUCUCACAAACCCACCUAGUGACUUCUGACAACUUGCUUGUACCUGCAGACGCUGUAUGGUACGAGAUUCCGCUGGACCCUCAGGCAAACCUUCAAAAUGAACCUUUACCCGCGGACAAAAUUGAGACACUAUACCAGCGCGCAAAGCAAGCGCUUGAAGCUGACAACACUCUGUAUUUCGACGAAUUUACUAAAAACUCGUCGCAGCGGAAGUUUAUGUCCCAAAUUUUGAGCGACGGUACCCUCAACGAUAAAAUCUCUGCGUUGACUUUGUUGAUCCAAGAGUCGCCUUUGCACAACACAAAAUCUUUGGAUACUCUUAUCUCCUACUGUGGCAAGAAGUCCAGGAACUCCGCUUUGCAAAGUUUGAAUGCUUUGAAAGAUCUUCUGCUGAAUGGUUUACUUCCCGACAGAAAAUUAAGGUAUUUCAAAAACCAGAACCUAUCGAUGAUGCUGAACAAAAGAACACUAGCCAUAUUUUAUUUCGAAGAUUACCUGAAAACUCUUUUCUUCCAAGUGUUGCAAGUUAUUGAAAGAUUGUCGCACGACCCCAUUAUUCAUGUCCGUAUGCAAGUGCUUUCGCAUAUUUUCGAUCUGUUAACUGCUAAACCCGAGCAAGAGUUCAAUUUGCUAAGACUAGGGGUCAACAAACUGGGUGAUAUCGACAACAAAGUAUCGUCGAAGACAUCAUUCCAACUGCUCAAACUAGAGCAGGCUCACCCAAAUAUGAAGUCGAUUGUACUCGAUGCUACUGUUGACGUGGCUUUGAGACCAAGUGCGGAUUACCACACCACGUAUUACUCGGUACUGACACUCAAUCAGACAAUCUUGAAAAGAUCAGAGGAUAAAAUUGCCAAUCAGUUAAUCAAGACUUACUUUACCUUGUUUGAAAAGUUUUUGUUAUCUACGGACUCUGAAAACGCGGAAGGUGGGGACCAUGCUCCUAAAAACAAGCAGGCAUCCUACGAAAACAAGCGGAAGAAGAACUUCAAGCGUGGUAAGAAAGGUGGCAAGUCGGUAAAGAAUGACAGGACAGACAAGGAGGUUGUGGACGAGAAGAACUCGAAACUGUUCUCUGCUAUUCUCACAGGCCUAAACAGAGCUCUUCCAUUUUCGAAUAUGCCCGCUAGUGUCUACGAAGCGCAUUUGGACACUUUAUUCCAAAUAACACACUCGUCGAACUUCAACACGGCUGUGCAGGCGUUGGUACUGAUUCAUCAAGUCACAUUGAAAGCGGAGCUAAACAAUGACAGAUACUACCGUACGCUUUACGAAAGUUUACUGGACGCACGUUUAGUGACUUCAUCCAAGCAGGGAAUCUACAUGAAUUUGCUUUACAAAUCGUUGAAGCAUGAUAAACAUGUGGCGCGUGUGGAAGCGUUUGUGAAAAGAAUCUUGCAAGUGUGUUCAAGUUGGCUAAAUGUAGGUGCUUUAGCAGGCAUGUUGUUUUUGCUCCUACAGCUGACAAAAGCAGUGCCACAGAUCAAAAAUCUGUUUACAAACACUCCCGCUGACGCUGAAUACGCUUCAGAGGAGGAAAAGGAUGCGGGAACAGACUCGUCCAAACAAUUGGCAUAUGACAGUGGUAAGAGGGAUCCGAAAUAUGCGAAUGCGGACCAUUCAUCUGCAUGGGAGAUGCGCCAUUUCUUGAACCAUUUCCAUCCAACAGUGCAGACGUAUGCGGAGGCAUUUUUAACCAACUCUGAAGAUGUGACGAAACCCGAUUUGGGACUUUACACUUUGGCACAUUUCUUGGAUCGAUUUGUGUACCGUAAUGCCAAGCAGAAACCCUCGACGCGUGGUUCUUCUAUCAUGCAACCGUUGGGCGGAUCUCACACGGGAUCACUGAUAGUGCGAGCAUCGGAUACUCGUGCUACGGGACUAGAUGCUGUGCCAGCAAACACGCAAGAUUGGUUGGCCAAGAAGGCGGACCAGGUGAGUCCCGACGAGCGGUUUUUCCACCAGUACUUCAGCACGAAGCAGAGUGCUAUUAAGCGUGCGGACAAGGAAAAGGGUGCUGGACAGAGCAACGAAUUUGACGAGGGUAGCGAGCUGGAUGAGGACGACGUGUGGGAUGCCUUGGUGAAAUCGCGGCCCGAUGUUGAGGACGACAGCGACGACGACGAAGAUAUGAUGUCGAUGUCAGAGGACGACGAAGAGGAAGAGGCAGCAGAGGAAGCAGAGGAAGCAGAGGAAGCAGAGGAAGCAGACGACGACGUGUUCUACAGUUUUGCCGACGAGAGCAAUGCUAAUGUCAAGAAGCGGGGCCGGGACGACGACAGCGUCAGCGACGACGAAAGUGACGACGAGGCGCUGGCACAGGCUUUCCAGAGCGACAGUGAAAGCGAGAGCGAGGCCGAACAAGCAGCAGCAGCAGCAACAACCACUGCAUCCGAGGACGGAGGUCCAAUGUCACGCAAGAAACUCAAAGCGUUGCCAGUGUUCGCAUCUAUGGACGACUAUGCUAGUUAUCUCAGCGACUAG